AGAGAGGCGUUUGCGAACGGUAGCUCAGAGUGUGUAACGCUAAACGGCUAUUACUCGAUUCAAGUGACGCUGGGUUGAACCUACCAAUACCGGGCGUCGGCUUUGGCCCAUGACGUAGUGAUGUGGCGAGUGACGCUGUACGUGUGCAGGCAGAGAACAGAGCAGCUACGGUGUUUAUUUGACUCUGCAGGAUGAUCGAAAAGUAGCGCAUAUCAAAACGUAUUCAGACUGAAUCAACGGCGGCCAUGUUGUCAGCAAGUCCGCGAUGUGGUCGACAGCUGGUGGUAGCACUGAGCAGAGGCCGCGCCACAGCGGCGGCGGCGGCAGUGGCGGAGAAGGGAACUACGGCGGAGCAGACACAGGAGUGGCUGAGGGCGAAACCCUUUGAGGAAAUGCCAGGGCCCAAACCACUGCCUAUCAUAGGAAACACGUGGAGAUUCCUGUUGCCAUCAGGAGACUACAAGACGACCGACAUGGCCGAGAUGAUGUUCCAGAUGCGCCAACAGUACGGAGACAUCGCCAAGCUGGUGGGCCUCCCGGGGAAGCCGCCGAUGGUCUUCUGCUUCAGCGCCAACGACGUGGAGAAGGUGUACCGCAAUGAGGGCCCGAGGCCGGUGCGUGACACGAUUCAGUCCAUCAAAUACUACCGGGACGUCGCCAGGAAGGACUGGUUUGGCGACAUCCAGGGCGUGGCCACCACUCAGGGGGAGCAGUGGUACGAGUUCAGGAGGAGAGUCAACCAGCCCAUGAUGCAGCCGCGUUCCAGCAAGCUGUACGUUCCCUCCAUCGACCAGGUCACUCUCGACUUCACCGACAGAAUGCUGACCAUCAGAGACGAGAAUAUGAAGAUGCCCGGAGACUUCACGAAUGAACUGAACAAGUGGGCGCUAGAAUCAAUUUCUGUGGUGGCUCUGGACACACGCCUUGGCUGUCUGGAUGGAAACCUCCCCCCAGACUCAGAACCCCAGCAAAUGAUCGAGGCGAUGCAUACCCUGUUCGACUGCAUGCUCAAACUGGACGUGAGGCCCUCGCCCUGGAAGUACAUCAGCACGCCCGCCUGGAGGCGCCUAGUCAAGUCGCAGGACUACUUCUACCACGUGGCAAUGAAACACAUCAACGAGGCGAUGGACCGAAUGAAGAAGCGAGGAGCAGAACAAGUGUCAGCUGGAGAACUCAGCGUGCUGGAGAGGUUGCUGCUCUCCAACGACGACCCGCGCAUCGCCAUCGUGAUGGCCCUGGACAUGAUGGGAGCCGGCAUCGACACGACGGCCAACUCCGCUGCCACGGCGUUGUACUUCCUGAGCAAAAACCAGAGGGUGCAGGAGAAACUCUACCAGGAGCUGAGGGCGCAGCUCCCGGACUCACCCUCUCAACCGCUCACUGCCGACAAGUUGGAGGCCUGCAAGUACCUCAAAGCCUGCGUCAAGGAGGCCAUGAGACUGCAUCCCGUGGCAAUAGGGGGCAGCCGACAGGUCACAGUGGACAACCUGGUGCUCAGCAACUACCGUAUACCUCGAGGGGCCAACAUCAUGCUGGCCAACAUGGUGCUCACCAACUCGGACGAGCACUUCUCGAGGCCCUCCGAGUUCAUUCCCGAGCGGUGGCUCAAGGACGACGACUCUGCCCAGACGGCGCACCCAUUCGCGUUCAUGCCGUUCGGCUUUGGCCCGAGGAUGUGCAUCGGUCGCAGGUUCGCCGAGCUCGAGAUCUACACCUUACUGGCCAGGGUUGUGCGCCGCUUCAAACUGGAAUUUGAUGGCGAGAUGCGCUGGAGAACGACGGUGCUGCAUGUGCCAGUGACACCGCUCACCCUUAAGGUCACUGAAAGGGAGCAGUAGCUGUGACGCCACACCCACACCCAGCUGUUGCUGUGCAGCUGAACCACACACCUGUAGUGACUGCCAUUAACACUGUGCAACAGUAUUCACUGUAUUCGUUUCUCAGUGUUUAUAUGCGAUUUUUCAUAGCUUUAUGUCAGCCCCAAAGUCGGGAAAUGAAACUGAUCUUACUUUUAUUUUAAUGAAUAUAACCAU